AUGCGGAACCCUCCUCCGACCGUCAGAACCACCAGGUCCGUCUCCGUGGCUGCUCAUUCGGUCAUGCGCACUAUUCCCACGCGGUCAGUCAUCUUACCCGCCACCGACGAUAAUGUGGCCGAGAACUACGUCGUUAUUCCUCCGGACGGCGGCUGGGGGUGGGUUGUGGUGGCAGUCGCCUUUAUCUGCUAUUUCAUCAUCGACGGGACCACCUACACGUUCGGGAUUUUCUUGACGGAUAUUAGCAAGACGUUCGAAGUGCAUCCUACGAGGGUGGCGUUGAUUAACUCGCUUCUCAGCGGGUUUACCUACUUUGUAGGUGAGAUCCAGUGA